AGCCUGGGGGAGGCUGCUCAGUGGGGAAGAAGCAGUGGCCAGGCUCUGCUUGGUCACCUUGCCCUCCUGUCAGCCUCCAGGGCUGCUUUGUCACACCUGCCCAGGAACCCAGCAGCCGGUCCUCACCCCUCCCAUCCUCAGUGCAGACACCCUGGGGCAUUCUGAGGCCCUGCACCCAGCACCGCCCCUUCAAGCCUCCCACAGGGUCCCACCCAGGACUACUGGGCUCUGUGUCCUCGGGGCCAUCUAGAAACACUCCCUUGUCCCCCCUUCAGCAGCAUAGUAUGUGUUGCCCGCCAUUUGAGGGAGGUGCAGGUGCCAAUCCUUCACGUGACGUGAUGUGGCUCACCGCAGCCUGUGUACAUGUGAGCAGCCGCGUGCAGAGGGGAAGCUCUCCCGGGCCUCGGGGACUGUGACAUGGAGCAGGAGCCGCCCCCAGCCAGGCUGCUUUCAGCACAGCGUGGGCCCCCAGCACCUUUGUGCGGGGUGUGGCCCCUCGGAGGAGGGCUGUCAGGCGAAGCCUCAUAUGAGGGGAAUCAUAUGUGAGAGCUGGCAUAGCCCCUAGAGGUCAUUUGGGGUCCAAUUGCCUCACCGUAUCAAUGAGGAAACUGAGGCCCAGAAGAGAAAAGCAUUCUUUCCCAGAGUCCCUCAGUGAGUCCUGGUUCAUACCUGCUUUCUGCCGGGGACCAAACGCCAGUUAGUCAUUCCUGGUGUCAGCCAGGCAGAGGAGCAGGUGCCUCGGGAACCCUGAAGCUGGGCUGAGCCAUGAUGCUGCUGCCAGAACCCCUGGAGAGGGCCUGGUUUCAGGAGACUCAGAGUCCUCUGUGAAAAAGCCCUUGGAGAGCACCCCAGCAGGGCUGCACUUGGCUCCUGUGAGGAAGGGGCUUAGGGGCCUGGGCCCCUCCGCCUGGGCCAGGCUGGGAGCCAGGCGGGCGGCUGGGCUGCAGCGAUGGACCGUGAGCUGGCCCAGCCCGCGUCCGUGCUGAGCCUGCCUGUCUGUGGCCGUGCCCAUCAUGGGCUCCUCAGUGUACAUCACGGUGGAGCUGGCCAUUGCUGUGCUGGCCAUCCUGGGCAACGUUCUGGUGUGCUGGGCCGUGUGGCUCAACAGCAACCUACAGAAUGUCACCAACUACUUCGUGGUGUCGCUGGCGGCGGCCGACAUCGCAGUGGGCGUGCUCGCCAUCCCCUUUGCCAUUACCAUCAGCACCGGGUUCUGUGCUGCCUGCCACGGCUGCCUCUUCAUUGCCUGCUUUGUCCUGGUCCUCACGCAGAGCUCCAUCUUCAGCCUCCUGGCCAUCGCCAUUGACCGCUACAUCGCCAUCCGCAUUCCGCUCCGGUACAAUGGCUUGGUGACUGGCACAAGGGCUAAGGGCAUCAUUGCCAUCUGCUGGGUGCUGUCGUUUGCCAUCGGCCUGACUCCCAUGCUGGGUUGGAACAACUGCGGUCAGCCAAAGGAGGGCAAGAACCACUCCCAGGGCUGCGGGGAGGGCCAGGUGGCCUGUCUCUUUGAGGAUGUGGUCCCCAUGAACUACAUGGUGUACUUCAACUUCUUUGCCUGUGUGCUCGUGCCCCUGCUGCUCAUGCUGGGUGUCUAUUUGCGUAUCUUCCUGGCGGCGCGACGACAGCUGAAGCAGAUGGAGAGCCAGCCUCUGCCAGGGGAACGGGCACGGUCCACACUGCAGAAGGAGGUUCAUGCUGCCAAGUCGCUGGCCAUCAUUGUGGGGCUCUUUGCCCUCUGCUGGCUGCCCCUACACAUCAUCAACUGCUUCACUUUCUUCUGCCCCGACUGCAACCACGCCCCUCUCUGGCUCAUGUACCUGGCCAUCGUCCUCUCCCACACCAAUUCGGUUGUGAAUCCCUUCAUCUACGCCUACCGUAUCCGCGAGUUCCGCCAGACGUUCCGCAAGAUCAUUCGCAGCCAUGUCCUGAGGCAGCAAGAACCUUUCAAGGCAGCUGGCACCAGUGCCCGGGUUUUGGCAGCUCAUGGCAGUGAUGGAGAGCAGGUCAGCCUCCGUCUCAACGGCCACCCGCCGGGAGUGUGGGCCAACGGCAGUGCUCCCCACCCUGAGCGGAGGCCCAAUGGCUAUGCCCUGGGGCUGGUGAGUGGAGGGAGUACCCAAGAGUCCCAGGGGAACACGAGCCUCCCAGAUGUGGAGCUCCUUAGCCAUGAGCUCAAGGGAGUGUGCCCAGAGCCCCCUGGCCUAGACGACCCCCUGGCCCAGGGUGGAGCAGGAGUGUCCUGAUGAUCCAUGGAGUUUGCCCCUUCCUAAGGGAAGGGAAUCUUUAUCUUUCUGGUUGGCUUGACCAGUCACGUUGGGAGAAAAGAGAGAGUGCCAGGAGACCCCGAGGGCAGCCAGUUCCUACUUUGGACUGAGAGGAGGGAGCCCCAGGCUGGAGCAGCAUGAGGCCCAGCAAGAAGGGCUUGGGGUCUGAGGAAGCAGACAUUUCAUGCUGUGAGGCCUUGCACCAGGUGGGGGCCACAGCACCAGCAGCAUCUUUACUGGGCAGGGCCCAGCCCUCCACUGCAGAAGCAUCUGGAAGCACCACCUUGUCUCCACAGAGCAGCUUGGGCACAGCAGACUGGCUUGGCCCUGAGGCUGGGGAGUGGCUCCAACAGCCUCCUGCCACCCACACACCACUCUCCCUAGACUCUCCUAGGGUUCAGGAGCUGCUGGGCCCAGAGGUGACAUUUGACUUUUUUCCAGGAAAAAUGUAAGUGUGAGGAAACCCUUUUUAUUUUAUUACCUUUCACUCCCUGGCUGCUGGGUCUGCUGUCGGUCCUGCUGCUAAACCUGGCACCAGAGCCUCUGCCCGGGAGCCUCAGACAGUCCUCUCCCGCUGUCACGGCUGCCAUCCACUUCUCAGUCCCAGGGCCAUCUCUUGGAGUGACAAAUCUGGGAUCAAGGACAGGGAGUUGUAACGGAGCAGUGCCAGAGCAUGGGCCCAGGCCCCAGGGGAGAGGUUGGGGCUGGCAGGCCACUGGCAUGUACUGAGUAGCACAGAGCUACCCGGUGAGAGGCCUUGUCUAACUGCCUUUCCUUCUAAAGGGAAUGUUUUUUUCUGAGAUAAAAUAAAAAUGAGCCACAUCGUGUUUUAAGCUUGUCCAAAUAAGAA